AAAAACCUUGAACAUAAAACAUGGAAACACAUGACAAGACAAACAUGAAACAUGGCACACGGACUGAAAUCAAAAGAAAGCAUAACAAAAAACACCAGGCAUGACACUUUGCUAGUUCACCGGCAGGGUCACAUUUAAUCAGACGUAACUCAUGAAGAAAGAUUGAUUCAAACUCCUUUGUUCCCUGGUUACAAAGUGUUUUUCAACUAACUUAGAAUUUGAAAAUCCAAAAAUGAAUACAAAAUGACAUUACGAUAAGAGGAGACUCUUAAUUCAUCACAUGCGUCACUACCGCGUAGUGAAACUCGUUUCCUUUGUGUUGAACCCAUCCGUGAGGAUCAGUGGGCAGCUUUUGUUCAAAACAUGGGGAAAGAUUCCACAUGUAAGCCAGUGUGUUCCAUACAGUUUUAUGCAUUAAAAAGUGUGUUUUGUUUAAGUAAUGUUUUUUUGUUAAAAAUUACUACACCGUUUAGUGGUUUUUAAAACUGCACUCAUUUGCAUGUUCCAUUGAUUUAUUUCUUUUAAGAGCAGUGGAAGAACAGCUAAUGAAAGGGAGGGAAAAUGCUUCACAAGAACCUGGAUGAUUUUGCUGAACACUAUUUCAUUUGGAUUUUUAUGGGAUUUUAAAAUGCAGGGAUGACAUACUGAGUAAAGUUUGAGGUGUUAAUAUUUGAAGCAAACGACGGUACAUACUGAUGAGACAGUUAAUAUUUUUAUCGAAAACUCUGAAUAUAACUUCCGGAUCAGCUGCAGCUGCUAACGUUGACUUAUCGCCAAAAGCAAUGUUAUGUUAUUUGUUUAAGUAUAAGUUUAAUUGGAAGUCAGACCGGACUGGCGACCCGGCUUCCCAAUUUGGUCGAACUCUGGGAGGAGCAGAUGCGCCGCUUCAUGCCCAGGGAGGCCUGCAUCCGGCAACAGGCUCCCCACUGCCGGUGCAGACUCCGCAGAUCGAGCCGCCAGCCGCCGCGGAGAUCAGUGCUCUAGUCCAGACCCUGAUGGUGCGGCCGUCUGCCGUCUCGGGUCUCCACGUUUCAGCUGAGGGACUGCAGCUCACAGAUCCAGGGCUGGGUCCUCCAGCUUCCCAAGCCACACCAUGUCUUCACGCCCCAGCGGAGGAGCCGCAGCUCAUCAUCCCUGUGCUGGGUUCGCCUGCGCUUCUCGCCACAGCAGAGGGGCCACAGCUCUCCAUCUCUGGGCUGGGUCCGUCUGCCUUCUCGUCUCGUCUCGCCAAGUCUCCACGUCUCGCCAGAUCUGCGCGUCUCGUCAGGUCUCCACGUCAGGUCCUCAGAUCUCCACGUCUCGUCAGGUCUCACCAGAUCUCCACGUCAGGUCCUCAAGUCUCCAAGUCAGGUCUCCAUGUCUCGUCGUCAGGUCUCCACGUCUCCUCAGGUCUUCACGCCUUGUCAGGUCGCCACAGAGGCGGCUCAUGGAUCGGCCCUUGGUCCUGGCCCAGCACUCAGGCAGACCGCCUGAGGCCUCACGUUGUGUCCUGGCCCAGCACUUGGGCAGACCCCCUGAUGCAUCAAGCCCCACCUGGGUGUUGAACUGGGGCCACCCGCCUGAGGUUUCAGGCCGGGCCUAUGCUUUCGCCCUCCUAAUGUGUGUCACCUGUGUCUUGUUGUCAUGUCUAUUUAGUCCUUGUCUUCCCAGUCACCUUUGUAAGAGUGUCUUUUACCCAUGUCAAGCCAGGAACUUUUGUUUAGUUUUGCCAUGCCAUGCCAUGCCUUGUUUUUGCCAGGAGUUUAGCCACAGUUAUUCAUACAUCCCAGGACAUAGUAAGUGUGUGCCUUUUUGAGUUGGUUUUUGUUAUGUUAAAGUAAAGACUGUUGCUCAGACCUCUGCCUCGCCUGCCAGCCCUUUUUACACUCUGCAUCGGGGUUCAGCUUUUUCUGCGUCAGCAACGCCGACAUCCCUGACACCACUAGGAUCAGUGGGCAGCUAUUGUUCAAUUGUGUGUUCCAUGUGGUUUUAUGCAUUAAAAACUCUACAGGUGAUUGGAGGAAACAUCACCGUGGGACAAGGAGGGACUGCUGUCUUACCGUGCAAAGUCAUUGACACCACGGAGACGGUUACUCAGAUUUCAUGGCAGAGAAAAACCAGGAAAAAAAAUGAGAAUGAAAACUUCUUCACAGUCGUGUCCACGCAUGGACCAGAAGUUGUCACUGUACAAGAUAAACGUUUUACAUUUGUUGGGAGUGUUAAUGACUGCAAUGGAACACUACAGUUUUCCAAUGUCACACUGAUGGAUGAAGGCAGCUACGCAUGUGUCUUCACUAUGUUCCCCAGUGGAAACCACAAGACAGAAGUGCCUCUAAACGUGCUUGUUCCUCCAGUCUCAAGCCUCCAGUACAAUAUUCCUGUUCUGGGCAAUGAGGAGGUUUUCCUGGUUCUGUGCACGGCUGCUGGUUCCAGGCCUCCCGCGGAGGUGAAGUGGUUGACUGGUACUCUGGAAGGAAACGUGAGGGCAACAACCAACUCCACCAAGCAUGACAACGGUACGACUACCACAGUCAGCUCUCUGUUUGGAGUACCAACCACAGAAAUCAAUCGCCACAUGGUCCAGUGUGUCGUCACCAACGCAGCCCUGUUGGAAGAAGAAACCCUUCCCUUCACCUUGCAGGUCCACUUCCCACCUGUGGAAGUAAACAUUCGUGAACGAGCUGAAGACUCAUUUGAAUGUGUGUCUGACGCCAAUCCGGAUGCAGACUUUACCUGGAGCAGACCUGACAACUCGUGGCCUCAGUCUGCUGUCCGAGUAGGUGCAACGUUACAGUUUCGUAGCGUGACCACUGAGCUAAAUGGCCUCUAUGAGUGCGAAGCAUCGAACACCUUUGGAAGAAAACGUGGUCACCUCUAUGUGCAUGUGACUUCAGAGGUCUGCCGUGUUUGUUGGGCCUUAUUUGUUAUGUUGCUCAUCCUCAUUGCUUUUGCUGCUGGUGCAGGGUGGUACCUCCAUAAAACUGGGAAAUUCCAAAGGUUUUUUUCAAGGUCAGAAGAGGGCACAAGCAGAGAGAGAGAACCAGUACGAACAUCCUCCAGAUCACAUGAACACACUGAUCAUGAAGAAGAAGAAGAAGAAGACGAAGAAAGAGAAGAAGAGAGGCCAUUAUAGGCAGAGGUAGAGGAUUUAGUAGUCAAAGGUGUUUGGUUUAAUUCUUACUGGUUUGUCUUUUUUUCAUUUUCUUUUUAAAAUAUUUAUUUCCAAAAUCUGCCUGAAAAUAUGUGGAGACACAUUUGAAACUGUAUACCUUAGGGACCUCUUUGACAUCCGUUGCAGUGGCAAGUUGUAGCACAGUUGUUGUGGCGUCAUACAGACGCCACGGCUAACAUUUCAUUCCUGACUCAGCUGGUUAAUGAACAUUUGCAUGCAGCUGCUGUAUCUCUUUUCUCUGAGGUUGUCUCGAAUGCCACUUUUUUGGGGCAUCAAAGAUUCAGUGAUAAAGAUGAAGUUCGUCUGUAAGAGAGACGUUGUAAGCAUUUACACAUGAGACAUAGCAGCCUAACUUUUAACGUUGAUUAUUGUGAUUGUUAUUUAAUUGUCUGUGUUCUUCUACAUGUCUGAAAGGCAACACAGAGCCCAGAUUCACACAGAUUGUCUGGAGUAAAGCAGCAGUCCUCCUUUCACUUUUAUUCUACCAGGAAGUCCCAUUUAAUUCUGUUUCCUUUAGAAAGUUUAUGAUUUCGGCUUUUCUCUUAAAAGUUUUAAUUUAAUUAAGGAUUAAGGAUUAUACAGCUUUUGGUAUUUCAAGCCUGCAUGCAUGUUUGAAAUACCAAAAGCUGCCUUCCCAGUCAGUGUUUAAGACAACUGUUAUUGUAUUUAUGAGUCUAAUGAGAGAUGAGGACAGGAGGGGAGAUAUUAGCCUGUCCCUGCCUCAGCCACAUGCUUGUUGAACUGCAUUUGAGCAUGUGGAGCUGACAUGUUUUGUGGUUGCCGUUCUGUGCGCUUGUGUCACUUACACGCACCCAUUUUUAUAUGUGGAAGUUUAAAAACGAAUGGAACACUAUAGAGGAACUUGUUUCUUGCUCUUCUUUUUCUGGUGUGGCUUCCCCCUGAUAACAACAAAGCAUGUGAAUACUGAUUUGGACAUCAGUUACCAUGGCGAUGAUCCAAGCUUUGAAACAUCUGGGUCAGCUUUAGUCCCCCCAAAUUACCAACAACUUUUUUUCUUGUAGUCAGAUGUCAUUCCUUAAGUAUGUUUUACUGCUAAUAGGGGUGACUGAAAGUUGUGUGUCCCCAAUGUACAGAUGUUCCCUAAUCACCUCACAAGCGAUUGGUUAGCACUUAGUGGGCUGCUGCCACUGGAGAACUCAGGCACAUGAAGUGGGUUUGUGAGACAGAAACUCAGUUGGGUUUUGGCAGAGUGACAUUAGACAUUCUCAGAUGUGAAAUUGAGUGAAGCUUGAUUCUUAGCUGUAGACUGUUGAGAGAGAAGUCACCAUCAGGGCGACCUCUGUCCAUCCUUUCUUUCCAGUUAAGUGGAUUAACUUGGUGAGUUAGCCACAUGAAGUUGCCCGGUUGGCAUUAAGAUUUUGAUGUGAUUCUUUGAAUCAUGUGUUAUUUAAGACCAGUAAGGAUAUAACAUAUUGGGUGAUAUGCAGUAGACCUAAGUGUGGUUGUGGUAGUGAGGUGCCCAGUCGCCUUCCUCUGCCAAUCACUGCCUAAAAGUUAAGGAAGUGCAGCCUGCAUGGUUGAUCUAAUGAAGCAUAUAAGUCAGUUUGUGUGUAUUUGCAUUAUGGUUAAAGCUAAAGGGGGUUGUAAAGAUGUAACGGGCCAGAUGUGUAUUAGUUUCUGUUGAUGUGCAAACUCUAUGGACAGUGAAAAAAGAAAAGUCAGUCUACAUGAUAACUGUUGUGCACAACACACUGGUGUGCAGAUUGUGGGAGGAUACUUUCUGUUCACAAUGUGGACUUAGUUGUGGAUCUGUUUCGUCUGCUGUCCUGAUGUCUUUACGGCUCUUGGGUGCCUUGAUGUUGUCUGGACACUGAAAUCUGGUUAAUGCACAAGGCACAGCAUCUGGAAUCUUAACUGAAGAAGUUUCAGUUUUAUGAGAACUUUUGUCUGAACUCUCCAAAUCUUAGAAAAAAUGGCACUUAAAAAAGCCCAACAUUGAUGCAAGGACCUCUCAAAGGAGAGAAAUUUAAGAGUUAUUUAAAACUGAUCUUCUGAAAGGAAAUAA